UAGCCCUGCACGUGCACUCUCUUCUUGCGUGCCAUGCAAGAUGGAAGCUCCAGUUGUGCCACUCGGCGCCCACCCAAACUCCUUGCAGAAAAUUUCUGCUCCAUUGUUAAAUCAGUUUGGUGAAGUUGGGUCAGCACUGGCAUCAAGAGACGCUGCUGGCAACACUGACGCCUCUGAGGCAUCCUGCUCUAAGGAACGCGUCGCGUCCUGGUGUUCCCAGCAUGCAUUAGCGCCUGCAGGUGUAGGCCAACUACCACAUCACAUUGAUGUAGAUAAUUCUGCUUCAGGACCUCACCGCUUCUCUGAAAACACCUCUAAUUCAGGGAUUGGACUGCAGCAGCACAUUAAUGCUAUGCAUUCAAUUAACAAAUUUUUUCAGCUCCCUGACUUUGAACAAUCUUCUACCACAAGAAAGUCAAUUCAAGUGCUUAUUGACUCCAAAAAUUCAUGCAGACGUAAAUCAAAAAGCCGCUUCUGUUUGAAUUCGUGUACUAACGAUACUGAUCUCGAACAACAUAUUUGCUCACAGCCUCCACCAAGAAAUGCACAGAAAUACUCUCAAAGUAAACAUGCUGAUGGCUGCAAAGAAGUCUUGCACAAGCAUUGCUUAUCUAAGCAUUUGUCAGUGAAGAAGCUCUGUUGCUCUGAGUGCGACUAUGCUUGCACCACAAAAAGGAACUUGAAAAGUCAUUUGCUUCGCAAGCAUUCAAUGGGAAAACCUUUGCUGUGCUCCAUUUGUGAUUAUGUCUGCUCAUCAAAAUAUGAGUUGAAAAGUCAUUUUGUACGAAGGCAUUCAACAGAAAACCUAUUCUGUGCUCUAAUUGGAUCCCUUGCUUCUCAGCUGACUUACAAACUGUGUGCUCAUGAGGUCCAGCAACUAGAAGACACCUUCUAG